AUGGAAAAAUCUCAGUUUUCUGCCUCAAAGAAAUUGAAGAAAUUCCAAGAUCGGUCUACUUCAGCUACUGGGUAUUCGGGUAGAGAGCGAGGUUUUCGACGCACUAAUCCAAGACCUUCCACCCCAUCAGUGACCAGUGUUGGCAGUGUUGGUACCCCUAAGCCGAGAUGCCAGUACUGUAAUAAAACUCAUUUUGGUGAAUGCCGAUUAAAGAGCGGGGCUUGUUACCGAUGUGGUUCUUUCGAUCAUUUCCUCAGAGAUUGUUCAGAAAGGGGUGAAAAAGAAACUGAACAGACAUCGAAGCUGAAUAAUCCAGUUUCGUGGGGUAGACCACCUCGACCAUCUGGUAAUGUCAGUGGUAGCCGAGGAGCUACGAAAGAUACUACAGACAGAGGAAUAUCUAAUGUGAUUUCGGCGAUGAUAGCUCAGAGGUGCGUUAGAAAAGGGUAUGAUGCUUAUUUGGCAUAUGUGUUAGACAGUAAGGUAUAUGAGUCAAAGAUACAGGCAGUGCCAGUUGUAUGUGAAUUUUUCGAUGUGUUUCCAGAGGAAUUACCGGGGUUGCCACCGGAAAGAGAAGUGGAAUUUUCUAUAGAUUUGAUUCUGGGAACUACUCCAAUCUCCAUAGCUUCGUAUUGUAUGGCUCCUACGGAAUUAAAGGAGUUAAAGACAUAG